UAUAUUUUCAAAUUUCAACAGUUGUCUCUCUUAAUUAAAUUCUUAACUUCCAUAACCAAGAUUAGGUUGUGGAUCUUGCGUGUGUGUUUUGUUCUUGUAAUAAAACACCACCGUUUUGAUCGAGUUCUUGCAACAUUCUGGACUCUAGAAGGAAAAGGCCGGCAAAGGGAUCGAUCGAUGGAGAUUUCGUCGGAGCAAGAGAUCAAAAGCACCCAAAAGAUUAAAAGCAAAAAGGGUGGCCUUAGAACCAUGCCUUUCAUCAUAGCUAAUGAGACAUUUGAAAAGGUUGCCAGCUUUGGGCUUAUUGCGAAUAUGAUACUGUACUUGAUGAACGAAUAUCACAUGGAUCCCGUCGCCGGAGCUAGCCUGUUGUUCCUGUGGUCAGCCAUAUCGCACUUCACCCCUGUCAUUGGGGCUUUCCUUUCUGAUUCUUACUUCGGCCGGUUUCGGAUGAUUGCUUAUGGGACUGUUUUUAGCCUUCUUGGGCUGACCGUGUUAUGGCUUACAGCAAUUAUUCCACAAGCAAGGCCUCCCCAUUGCAACAACCCAAAUGUAGAAAAAUGCAAGCCCCCAACGUCAGCUCAGCUCGCACUUCUCCUAUCCUCAUUUGCCCUCAUGUCAAUAGGGGCUGGUGGCAUUAGGCCAUGCUCCCUAGCCUUUGGUGCAGAUCAGUUUAACGAGGCAGACAACCUCAAAAAAGAAAAGAUCUUACAAAGCUUCUUUAACUGGUAUUAUGUUUCAAUUGGGAUCUCUAUAAUGCUCUCUGUGACAGUCAUAGUUUAUAUUCAAGAUGUAGCAGGUUGGGUUGUGGGUUUCGCAGUUCCUCUAGGGCUCAUGGUUUUCUCUGCGAUUACUUUCUUAUUGGGUACUUGUUUUUAUAUCAAAAUUAAGGCAAACAAGAGCUUGUUUACUGGUUUUGCCCAAGUGACACUAGCUGCUUGGAAAAACAAACACCUACACUUGCCACCAAAGAUUUCUGAUGGAUUGUACUAUCACAAGGGCUCAAACCUUCUCGUGCCAACCGACAAACUAAGGUAUCUAAACAAGGCUUGCAUCAUUAGGAACCUUGUGAAGGAUUUGGAUUCUAAUGGCAUGGCUUUGAACCCAUGGAGUCUAUGUACAACAACACAAGUAGAAGAGCUAAAAGCACUAUUAAAGGUCCUCUUUGUUUGGUCCACCGGCAUAAUGGUCUCCGUGACACUCAACCAACAAGCAUUUUCCGUGCUCCAAGCAAGCACCAUGGACAGACACGUUGUCAACAAGUUCAAAAUCCCAGCAGCCUCCCUCGGCGUGUUUGGAAUCCUCAGCAUGGCAGCAACAGUGGCCAUCUAUGAUCUGGUUGGUGUUCCCUUGCUGUCAAAGUUCACCAAAUUGAAACGUGGGCUUAGCCUUAAAGAACGUAUGGGAAUUGGUGUAGCGCUCACAUGUGUAGCCACCGCAAUGUCAGCAGUUGUAGAGGGGAAACGCAGAAAUACAGCAAUCCGAGAAGGGUUAUCCGAUGAUCCGCACGCAGUGGUAAACAUGUCUGCAAUGUGGCUAGUGCCACAAUAUUGCCUGCAUGGAAUUGCUGAGGCCUUCAACGCAAUUGGGCAAAUACAGUUCUACUAUUCUCAGUUCCCCAAGAGCAUGUCUAGCAUUGCCAUGGCUCUUUUGUCUCUUGGGAUGGGUGUGGGGAACUUGUUUGCCAGUCUCAUAGUCUAUAUUGUGGAUGAUGUGACGAAGAGAGGGGGAAACGUGAGUUGGGUGUCAAAGAACCUUAACAAGGGUCACUAUGAUUACUAUUAUUGGGUGCUUACUAUUUUGGGAGUGGUUAAUGUUUUCUACUAUAUUUUAUGUAGUUGGGCAUAUGGUAGUGAAGAUGACAAGGUGGAAGGCGUGAAAGAGGAAGAUAUGCCCAAGUCCUACAACUAUACCCCCUGACGUCUCUAUUUGAUUUGUACAAUCUGUUUACUUGAUUGUGGGCAGAGUUUGCAAACAGGCAAACAAAAUUUUAAGUACGUAUCAAAACAAUUUAAUACUAAUCUAGUGCAAACUAAACUCAAGUACGUGGCGGAAGGUUGGGUUUGAAAGAACUCAAACCUUAUUACGAAUUUGUGUAAACACUCAUGCCCAUCUCGCGGGUUUGCAUUCUCUUUUAUAAUCAAUACAUGUAGUUUGUUACAAGAUAUAAAUGUUACAUUUGAAUUGAACACGGCAUUGCAUUGAUAUCUUAUCACUUUAC